AUGAAACUUUUGAAAUGGAUUAUUCUGAUUUUCUUGGUAGAUCAAACAGAACCUAGAACCCUUCGAAAAUGGACCCAAAACAAAAUAACCUGGUCGUUCGGCGACCCUUAUCACUAUCUAACUCCCCGACAGUUCGAUGGUGUACGUCGUACUGUACAAGAGUCGUUUGCCAAAUGGGCGAUAGCCUUAGAGAAUUUGAUGGAAUUCGAGGAGAUUUUAGAUGAUCAAGAAGCAAAUAUUCGCGUAUUUUUCGCCAAGAAAAAUCAUUCGUGUUAUGAGGAAUUCGAUGGGAAAGGAGGUGUGGUUGCUCAUUCAAUGUAUCCACCAUUUGGAGUGCUACAUUUGGACGGGGAUGAGCAAUGGUAUGCUACAGAUGAAAAUGAAGAGAUGGAUCAGAGAGUUAUUGAUUUGAGAAUGGUCCUGAUCCAUGAAAUUGGUCACACUCUAGGACUACGGCACUCCAGAAGAAAAGCUUCCGUUAUGAGAAAACACUACGAAAAACCCAAAAACCCCCACAAGAUUCGCCUAUCAAAGUACGAUGUUCGAGCUAUUCGGGAGCUGUAUGGAUCAUAG